UUUCGGGAUCCUCUGUGACGAGGAGUUGACAGCGAGCGAGAGAGAUCGAGUCGACAGACCCCGAGCGGCGACCGGACCACGGAGUGGCUGGUGAUUGCGCCGCGUCUAUGUGUCUACCGUACCAGUGCCGGUGGAGAGGGCAGGCGGAGUGUCACGCAUCCAGUCAGUCAGUGUCUUUCGUACCAGGCUGACUGCUUGUCCUCGUUGCAUUCAACCUGACUCAGUUUCCGCAUUUGACAUUUCUACAGCCAACUUUGCUCUUUGUAUGUCCAUGAUUGUGCUGCAGACCAGAGUUGAAGGACACCUUGAGGAGAAGAAGGAAGUUUCGUGUUUUGAGAAGACAGUUCUGAGAAUGACGGUGCAGUGUCUGUGAUUGCGGUGGGCAAGUUUGGCACCGUGUUACUCACAUCGUGCGUUCAGUUUGUUCGUGUUGUUUAAGAACGAGAAAGUAUUGCGCAGAUUGUGUCACGCAGACAUAAGAUGCCGUGUCGCCAGCACGACCGAAAGCAGCAGAAUGUACGUGUAGCUUCUAUAACAGGUUCCCUUGGUGCUAUCCAUAACAUCUUCGUGCUAAGUGAUGUCACACAGGCGUUCGCAAGUGCGGUGGACAAGCGACAGUGAAGAGGAAGAUCAAGAAACCGACGAAGAAUCAUCCUACCUCCAUUUGACGGUAGUUCUGUGUGUGGUGUGGUCGUGCGUUACGGUGAAGAUAAAAUGACCGUGUCGCAUUUGUAGCCUAAGUUUCUAUAUUAGACAUCAUCUCGGCGUUUGGCUGUCGUCGUUUUGGACCUAACCAUCAUCUGGUGCCACCAAUCCUGUCGCAGCGGUUCUCCAGACGAGCAAUGCCACGAAGGAAACAGGAUUGCCCCAAGCGAAUGAAAUGGGAAGGAGGGGAAGGCGGUGAAGAGGGUGGGCCACCAGACAGCCCUGGCAGCAAGCUGGCAGGGGAUGACGCUUCGUCCGAACCAGUGUCCCCCACUUCAGCGGCAGCAGCAGAUUCGCCAGGCGGACUCCAGGAAGACGUCGAUGUAGCAGGAUCCGUGACUCCAGUAGCGACUGCUCCGGCGUCUCCAGCCACUCCUUCACCAAUGGUUGUCGACGAACACGAAACAGAACCGGAAGCUGCCAUAACCAUGUUACAGGAUCCACUAGCUCUGAGGGAGGCCACCGGCUCCCGCUGCCCGUCCCCGGAGUCUCGGGGCUCCUCUGUGCCACCGCGAUGCCCGUCUCGCGAGUCGCUGUGUGCUGCAGUAACGGCGCCUGUCACCACCACCACGGCACCAUCAGCCCCCGUCAGUCCGGUUGCUGUCACGCUGCCGCCCACUGCGGCACUUCUUCCUCCCCAUUCCGCGGCCAUCGCAGCAUACCUCGGUGCCACAGCUGCGGCCCAGCACCCUCACCACAGGCUUCUCAUGACCUCGCCAGUCCUCCCGCGUGGGUCUGUCUCGCCUCUCGUUUCCUCGUCCUCCUCUCCCCCAAUCUUGCCCCUCCCUACUAAUAUUGGUAUAUCCCCACCACCUCCACCUCACCGAUCACCGAUGGAAGCAGAUUCUGCCGUCCUGGAUUUCAGCACGAAGAAGUCGCAAGGAGGUGGAAGAACGGUUCCAGCGAGAGACGAAGGUGACUCCGAUUCUGCACUGAAUCUCAUCAAACCAACUACUCCAAUCCUUCCUGCGGACUCACAUCUCAAUGGUCCUUUAGAUCUGUCUGUACCUAGCAGGAAGCGAGGCAUUGAAGACUCGACUUCCAUUUCGUUAUCAGUAGCAUCACUAUCUCCUAGUCCUCACGCACCAUCCCGCAAGAAUAGCCGCUUGUCAUCAGAAUUCAAACCGUCUGUAGUGUCUCCUUGGACAUCUCCUGUAGUUGCAUCACAUUUCCCAUACUUCGCCGCAGCGGUUGCAGCCAGCCUCUCUCCGAAGAACAACUCAGCGAAUGCAAGCCACGGCGCUGGAGAAAAUCCGCUCUGGAACGGCAAAAUCAAAAUGCACGAGAAGCAGGGCUCCCAUUUCGGUGGUGUUCCAACUCCAAGCGACGCUACGAAGGCGCUAGAGAAAAUGAGUGAACUAAGCAAACUGGGAGGCGAUGACAUGUUCAGGCCGUCUGUGAACAGUGGUGUGCCAGGAAGCGGAGGUAGCACAAGUGGCAGGCACAGUGCGUGGCAGUCACACUGGCUCAACAAAGGUGCAGACCAGGCCAAGGACGUUCUGAAGUGUGUGUGGUGUAAGCAGAGCUUCCCCAGCCUUGCAGCUAUGACGGCGCACAUGAAAGAAGCCAAACACUGUGGCGUCAACGUUCCUGCACCACCCAUCCAGCCUCCACCGCCUCCUCCCCCUCAGCAGCCACCGACAUCCACACCCUCUGUAUCCACCAACAGCAGUGGUUCCAGUAUUGGGGUUCCCACAACCACCAGCAACAAACCUACUACCGCUGACCUCAAUUUGCUCAUUAAGGAGACAAUGCCAUUACCUAGGAAACUAGUCCGAGGUCAGGACGUGUGGCUAGGAAAGGGCGCAGAGCAAACGCGUCAGAUUCUCAAGUGCAUGUGGUGUGGACAAAGCUUCCGAUCCCUGGCGGAAAUGACGAGCCACAUGCAGCAGACGCAGCAUUACACUAACAUCAUCUCACAAGAGCAGAUCAUCUCCUGGAAGUCAUCGGAUGACAGUAAGACUGGAGGAGGACCUGGUAGUGGCACAACUGCUGGAGGUGCGGGAGGUGCUAGCAGUCAUGUGAGUGCUGUUCUUACGUGCAAAGUUUGCGAUCAGGCGUUCAGUUCACUCAAAGAGUUAAGCAACCACAUGGUGAAGAAUUCGCACUACAAGGAACACAUCAUGAGAUCCAUUACUGAAAGUGGAGGUAGACGAAGACAAACUCGAGAGAAACGUAAGAAAUCUCUUCCAGUGAGGAAACUUCUGGAGCUGGAGCGCGCGCAACACGAAUUGAAAAAUGGAGAGGGUGGCUUGAUAAUUGGGGGGAAGGUUAUCCGGGACACAGCGCCAGCCGCUGGUCGAAUAACUUGCGAGAAAUGUGGUGAUAAGAUCGAAACGUCCAUCUUCGUGGAACACAUACGGCAGUGUGUGGGCGGCGGAAGCAUCGGCAGCAACCAGAGAAACCUCCUAAAGAACGCCCUCCUGUCCAGUAGCGUCCUUCCCUCUGAUGUUCCUGUCGUAAUGGGACAGCAUAUAGCGGACCGAGAAAGCAGGAAAGGUAUGAGCGAAGAGUCCACACAACCCACAUCACGUCAUCACAGAUCCCCGUCUCUGGCUACGGACUUGUCUAGUGGAAGUAAAGAGGCCGGUACAGGCGGCACUAUAGCUGGAGGAGACACUUCGUCACCAUCGGUACUCAAUGCAAUCGAAAAGCUGAUAGAGAAGAGCUUUGACUCCCGGACACGGCACGGUGGCUCUGGAUAUGGUGGUGCCCCUGGUGGUGUAGGAUCUGCCCCCAUGGGUUCCAGCAUACUGAAACGUUUGGGUAUAGACGAAAGCGUAGAUUAUACGAAGCCAUUAGUAGAUGCACAAACCAUGAAUAUUCUGAGGAGCUAUCACCAUCACCACCACAACCAACAGCAUCACUACAAUAGAAGAGAAAGAAGUGGGAGUGAGUCCAGUUCCGUCUCAGACAGAGGUGGUGGCGGCAGUGGCCGAACAGAGUCUCUUACACCGGACCGUAAGUCGGAUGCCGCUGUUGCUGAUCGGCUGCUGAGCUCCACGCCCAGGACAACGCCAGAGAAACGGAUCCAGACUCCCCCAUCGGCGAAAAUACCAAGCCAUGACGAGUCAGUAGACGACGACGUUAUAAAGAAAGAAUUGGUAAUGGAGGAGGAGAGAGAUGAUCCCAGGAAAAACAACCGUAGAGAAGUGAUAGUAAAGAAGGAGGAAGUUGAAGACGGAGACGAGGACGAAGAUGACAAGGGAAGCUUCCAUAGCAACGGUCGGCAGAGGAGGGUGCUGACAGAGGAUGUUCCUCUGACACCUGCGAGUGGCGGAGAGGACGGAGAGGACGGGGUGGACAGAAGGAGCAGUAACAGCGUACCUAGUCCGGUACUAAGUCCCCGGCAGGCCACGCCGCUAACCCCAUUGGGUGCGGAGGCUGUAGUUGCCGUGCCAAGUAGCCCUUGCCGGAACAGCGCUAGUAGUCCGGCAAGCAGCGACCGCUCAGGAACUCCACGCAGUACCGCCGGCACCGACAAGAAACCCUCUGCAGCCGGUGGAACCAGUCUCGGUGCAUUGUCGUCCAUGUUUGACAGUCUGUCUGGUGCUACUGGAGGCGGGGACUCAGGUUCCAGUGCGGGGAGAAGAACCAGUAGCCACCCUCUGGCCGCAUUACAGAAACUCUGCGACAAGACUGAAAGACAUGGGGGCAGUGGGAACCGGUCAUGUGCGUCUGCCGGUGCGGGCGUCAGUGGCAGUCAUUCCUCUUCGUCGGGAGUGGCGUCCAGUCAGAGCAGUACUGGAGGUGGAAAUGGUGGUGGGACGGCUCCGGGAGCCAUCCUCGCCUUCAGUUGGGCGUGUAAUGACGCCGUGAUGACUGCUGACUCGAUAAUGAAGUGCGCUUUCUGUGAUACACCCUUCAUCUCCAAAGGGGCAUACCGACAUCAUCUUUCCAAGAUGCAUUUUGUUAAGGAUGGGGUUAUCCCGGACCCCGCAGCGCUGAAGGCACAGCAGCAGCAACAACAGCAGACAGGUGGCACUUCCAGUGGACCGUCUUCAAAUGCUGGCAAAGGAACAGGAGUCAAUAGCAACUCAUCAGUGUCUGCCGGAGCUAACAGUGUCGGCAGCGCCUCCGGGUCCAGCAGCGGCAAGAGUCCACAACAACAAGCGAACUUCGAAGAGAGUCCUCACUCCAAGUUUCUUAAGUACACAGAACUAGCCAAACAGUUGUCCAGCAAAUACGUAUAGCUAUAGACUGCCUGACUGUGUGUACAUAUUCGUAAUAACAGUGAGAUUAACGCGUGAGACUGAAUGAGAAUGCUUCAGUGCGGAAUUGUAAAUUAUUUAUUCCCAGUUGUCAUUCUUCCUCCCAGGUCCAUGUAGAUCUUGUAAAAAGACCCCCCUCCCUCCCUCUUCACUUGCUGUUGGUGUUCUAAAAUUGUAAUUUAUGAUUCUUAGUAUUAAAGAAGGAACCUGCUCGGAGAUGCGGUUGCAUAGCAACCGUUUCAGUUCGUGCACAGUACAAUGUGAUGCUACCAUAUCUUGCAACCGCGAAUAAGUCGUAAAUUAAGAGUAAUAAUAUUAGAAUAUAUAUAUAUAUAGAAUUCAUUAUUUGGAGGAAUUUGUUAGGAUCACGAGACACUACCGUUUCGUAUUUGUGUCGCCAUAACAGAAAAUAAUAUAAAAAUUGUGAUGAAUUAUGUAAGAACUGUUUGGAACAAAGUUCAUGCCGACCAGACCGUUCUCUUCCUCUUCUAAUGACAGCGAAACGAACAGCCUGUUUAUUACACGUCACAAUUAAGUUGCUCAUGUAAAUGGUGAAAUAGGUUUUUCGAGGCAUGUUCAUGCCAUGGGGCGCAUAUUGUGUGUUUGUAGACGUGGUAUGAGCGGGAAAGCACAAGAAAAUGUAACAGAGAAAUAUGUAAGAUUUGAGGCUUUCACGG